GCUUCUUUUGUUGGUCCGUAGGCAAUUGCUCUCUUGAUUGCCUUCUUUUAUCGUCCUGAGCUCUUGGGUAUAUAUCUAGGAUCCAUGUUCGUCUCGUCAUCCCAACAAACCAGCCCCAGCCGCGUCCUCUAACAGCCCGAACAAAGCCUACCACUAUCACUUGAAGAAUCUUUCUUAACCACUGAGCUCUAAAAUGUCUACCUCCCCCAGACUCUCCAGCGUCUUCGGCACCUGGCGCAAGGCUUCCAUAUCCUCAGUUGACAUUGAUCUUGAGGCACAAACCGUUACUGGCGCACACACUCCUUUCACUCUUCCUGCUGCCAUCCAGGCAGCUUAUUCUGCUGCUACGCCUGCGCAUACACCUCAGCAGAAUGACAACACCACAGACCCAGUGGAUGACUUUUUUCGGGGUCACUUACGCUCUCGCACUUCUGUGGCUUUGGAUGGAGAAGCGCCUCCUCCAUAUACGAGUGCCACUGAGCCUCCUGCAUAUAGCUCCACUCCUGUGGAACCUGUGACACUUGCUAUGUAUCUGUACAGAUUCGGAUUUUGUGAGUAUACGUCUUGUUUCCCACCUUUCUGGGUAAUUGGAGCAAUCAUCCUACUCUCGCCACUCAAGGCCCCUGCAGACUUUGAACCAACGAAGUCUGAGGACGAGCGCCAGGAGUUGGUCCAGAUUAUGAGAGAUGCUGAGAUCAAGUGGGCUAAAAGAUCUGCUUGGGCACUCCUGAUCUUCCUCGUUGCCAUUGGCAUUAUUCUUGGAGCUAUCAUCGGUGUCUUGAGACCAUAAGCAUUCGACACACGUUCACUUUUCCCCUUACGACUAUUUCAUUCCCUCAAAGACCAUCGCAUGGAUGACUUCAUUUCCGUCUUCGUAUUUCAUUUCAACGUCCUGAAGGUGGCCUCAGGUCAUAAUCGCCAAGUCUUUCCUUAUAUUCCUCGGAACCAAAAUUCUUUGUAUCAGAAGAACUUCCUCACGAUAUCCGCAUACACGAAUGGGACGGGCAGUACGACUACAUGUCCGUAUUUAUGACUAUAUUAUGAUAAAUACUACUACGAAUAAAAAAACAUCGUUGUAACUUCGUGUAUGUUGUUUCGGCGUCUGUGCGGCAAGUGCCGGAAUUUGUCGGAGAAUAAAUCAUCAGUUAUUCGAA